CUUUCCCGGCAUGCAGCAUUCGCGAUGCGCCAUUUGGGUUAUCCUCUUUGGCCUUCAUCGGCUCCUCAUUGCCGCACAGGAGGCGUCAGAGAGCCUCUUCGCUUCAAUUGGAAGCAAUGGAGCUGUCACAGCUGUCGCUGACGCCCCCGCAGCCGACGAUGAAGCCCUUGAAGACGAUGAAUUCGACUUUGGUACACACAAUGAGCAGUGCCACCCCCAGGGCAGAAGUGAGUUUCAUUGUCUUUGUGCGUCUUGGUUUCUGUCUUAACAGGUCCGCCCCAGCAAUGGUCACCGAAGGCAUACAUCUACGCCCACUUCGCGCGAUUCAAAGACUCUGAGGAUGAUGAAACAGAGGGCGCUGCGAAUAUACAGUCCCCGAAGUCAACUUCAGAGGAGGAGGAGACGUCUCAGACGGACCAUCUGAAUGGGGCUUCACUGCCUGAUCCGAAUGUGCAACGACGGCCGAAAGACGCUAAUGCUACAAUGGAGGAGCCCCCUGUCGAGAUCAACGAUGAAGAAGAAGAAGAGUUUGAGUACGACACAAGCGAGUCCGUCGACCAACCCCUACCCCUCCGCCCAUCACCAGCUCCUCAGCCAUCAGACGAACCGCCGCCAUUGAAUGGAGAUGGAGUGGCGCAGCACGAUAACACCACUGAAGACAGUGCCACCGAUGGCAGCCGAGGCCCCAGCACCAUGUCGAUUAUCACAUCCUUUCUGUGGUGGCUCUUCCAUUGCAUCAUCUGGUGGCUGACGAGGGCCAUGACAUGCGUCAUGCUGGGAUGGACGGGCGCAGAGGUCGUGGGCUUCGUUAUGGCUCUGCCCAGGUCGCCAUUGGGGUCGCCCGGCGCCGCUGAUGGCGACAAGGGCGAUGAGGGGACACAGCAGGGCACAUCGCAGUCGCAGCAGGACAGUGAGGGAGGCAGCUCUUCCUUGCAGCCCGAAGUUCUCGACCGAUUUACUCUGGCCCUCACAUUCGCGUGCAACAUCUGGUGGGCUUAAGGGAUGCCGGGAACGUACUACAUGCAUGUAUGUAUAUCGCGUGUCGUGUUUGGUCAUUCAUGGUCAGGUGUUUCUGUUCGGUGAAUUUCUACAAGGUGGGCUUUGUGGUUGCACUGGUGGUCGCUGCCAUCAAGACCGGAAGCAGCGUCGAGUGGCAGGUCCGUACGUCACGUGGGCUUGAUUGACAUUUCCCGCUAUCUGUCUGCGCUUUAUUCUCGUGUGUUGCCUAUCUGUCUGUCUGUCUGUCUGUCUGUAAGUGGAUCACCGGUGUGGUGGCUCUGUACAUAUUCGGCCAGCUACUUGGGUACGAUUGGCUCCUGCAGCCCAUUCCCUAUGUUCCCAUCUUCUCGGUCAGCUGGCCACACAGAUCACCAGUGAUGAUUGAAUGCCCCUAUCUACCUGUCCAUAUCUCCCUCCCUCCCUCCCUCCCUCCCUGUGUGUAUGUUGCAGCUGGUAGUACGGUCCCUUGUGGCUUUCAUCAACGCAGUCAUGCUGCGUGACCUCGUCGCACCGCCCUCAUCCACCACCAGCCGCCAGUGGGCGGACUUCUGCCGCUCGUACGACGCCUCCUUUCUAGCUGCCAACCCGGCCAUCGCCAGGCAGGCCAAGGAAGACAAGGACACGGGCGAUGGCCGGCCAAUAUACCAAAACCAAUAUGAUGAUGGUAUUAGAGGGGUGAAGGAGAGAAAGGGGUAGGUCGACCCAGGUGUAUGUGUUUGUAUGUGUGUGUGUGUAUGUGUGUGUGAUAGGUCUUGGUAUAGGGUUCAACAGCCCCUGGGUGCUGGUGAGUUCUUGGCUGCUCUUCGCCUAUUGGAUGAACGUGCUGACCUCCCUGAUCAUCGCCUUCGACAUUGCAGUCUCGUUGGGCUUCACUGUGUGGAUCACACAGGUGGGCAGGGCACAACCUGUCUCUCCUUCUCUUCUUUACACCUGUGUGUGUGCGUGAAUCAUAAUAUGCCUGCAUUGCAGCCUACCUACAUGCUUCGCAAGCUGAUAGCCGACGAGGGGAUGCGGUCAUGCUGGUCCUUCACCUUCCUCCUCCACGUCAUCAUCCUCACACUCAUAGACCUACCGUGGAUCUCCACACCAAGGGUACCCACACACAUACACAUACAUACGCCUCAACAACAGAAAACCCACCCAAAUUCCUCCUGCCCCCCUCUGUGUGUGCAGGCGUGGCGAGAUGCGUAUUGGCGCUUCCCCGAAUCAUUCCAGCGGGCCACCCGCGCCACACAGCAUCACCAUUUCCACUUCCACCACUGGAUGCCCAAGAUGCCCAAGAAAGCCCUCACAGCCGACACACCUAGGAGUAGCAACAGCACCCUGACGGCCGCCACCGACGACGGCCAACAGCAGCCCCUUUCGGCCACACCAACCCACCGCACACUCGAAGACUUCUUGGACGAGAUCUCGAUUGCGCGGUUCAACCAAACAGCGCUUCUCGGCUCUGGGCGGGACGGCAGUGGAUAUUCUUUUCACUACCACACGCACCGGGACGUUCCUCCUCACCUCUCUCUACCCCUCCCGAGCAGCAUCGACCUUGACAGUCUCAUCAACAUGGCGGCCCUCCAGGACACCCUGCAGCUGACCCUCAUGGCCGGCCUGGUGAGAGACAUGUCUCACCUGCCAUAUCCCAACCUGGGCGGCAUCAAAGUCCCACGCCAGCUGUCGGCGUCGCUUCAGUUCCCUAGGGCGUUCAACAUGGACCCCUUCUUUGUGGAGAUGUGGACCGAGCUCCCGUUGCCGGUGUGGAGCUCCUACCGGGCGGCGGUGGCGCUGCUGGGUCUGGUCAUAUGUGCGGUGAUGGCCACACGGCGGUAUGGGUAUUGGGUUGACGGGCCGCACACGCUCAUGCAGCCCGGGACGCUGUUCUGUCUCAACGAAAUUGUCUUUAUCGGUGGGUCUUUUUGUGCACUUUUGGGCAGAUCAGAUGAAAAAGGGCCUCCCUCCUGGACGGGAGACUGAAUGUAUGUGUGUGUUGUGUUGUGUUGUGUUGUGUGCAGCCAUCAUGCUGGACUUUCUUUUCCUGUGUGGGGGCACCUUCUAUUGGGCGCACUUCCUGUGUGCCUUCCUGAUCACCAUGCUGGCGUCCAUCCUGCUGGAAAAAGCACAGGACGACUUCGCGGUGAGCAUGAUAUGCGUGCGCCCGGACCCCCACUCUCUCUGUUCCGUAUGUGUCUGUCGAUCUGCCUGCGUGUGUGCAGAGAUGCGAGCCGGCAAUAGUCGAUGAUCUGCAUCGCAGCUUCCACUUCAGCCUCUACCUCUCCCGUGUCUCCCUCAAGACAAGUGCCAAGGAUCCCCCGCAACCACCCGCAGCAGCCGCAGCCGCAACCGGCCCCAGCGAAUGUCAGGCCACAUUCACUUGCUCAGACGGCCGCACACGAGGCCUCCUGGUGCGCCCUGCGCCGGGCUAUACCGGGCCGCCUCCCGACCUCGGUGAUGGGGAGGGCAUUCUGCAGUCCGACAUUGAUGCUCUGACAGCGGGCUGCAGCAGCACCACCGUGUCGCUCCCCUCCUGCAUGCGUCGCCUCUUCUGCACGUCGACCUACAGCGGCCUCGAGAACGGCCUGUCGAUGGAUGUUCCGGUCGACGACGUCUUCGCCGUGGGGCGGGACACAUUCGACUCCAGCCACGCGAGAUACCCCCACACGCUGCUGACCCUCCAGGCCAUCUACAAGGAGUCCGGCAAGCACAUGGCGAUCUCCCGGCCGCCUCCGCCAGAGCCGCCCGGCAUGACGCCGGCGAAGACAGAGGAGGAGAUAGCGCGUGAAGCGAUGCGGGAGAGGGUGCGGACGGCCAUCGAGGCGGCGGAUGCGGAGGUGGGGCUGGGCCCCAAGACUUAUGGGGCUUGCGGGAUGGGACUGAGUCUCAAGGGGGUGAGGCGGGCGGCCGAGAACCUCUCGCGCAAGCCCAUGCUGCGGCCUGAGCCAUUCGCUGCCAGCAGUGGCAGUGGCAGCGGAUCCCCACAGUCUGCUCGAAGGCGGAGCGCAGAGGUAACCAACCCGAUCCACACACAACCGAAUCGACACACUGGACUUCCUGUCUCCUUGUUUGCAGGAGCCAUUCCGCCCAACUACAAGUCGGCAGCCGAGUCCUUCUGGCGGCCCCGAGAUGACCUACCCGCGAGAGCAACAAGCCGCGGCCACCGCCAAACCUUCACCCUCACCGUCACCCCCACCGCCCCAAUCUCCUGCAUCAGACGCCUCGUCACGGUCGACGGCGGCAUCGAAUGGCCGCAGACAGGGGGGAGGAGACGGCCAAACAAAGAAGACACCAGGCCCAACACCUGCACCGCUAUCGCCGUCACGGCCCCCGCCUGCUGAGCAGGCACCCACGAAUGACGAGAGGGAUGAGGCGGGGCGCAAGGGCGACCGGCGGUUCUCCCAGCCGCCCACGCGGCAGGUGUUUCUCCCCCUGGCCAUCCGGGUGCUGCUGCUGUACUGUGUGUUUCGGCUGCUGUCGGGCUACACGGCCUUUCUCAUGAUGCACAGCCUGCGACGCAAGUACCAGCCGCCGGGAUUCUUCUCUGACCCCGCCACCAGCGACAUCGGCGGUGUGGGUGUGGGUUUGGGUGUGAGGAGGGUGGCGGAUGACGGGAGUGAGCUGCAGGAGCCGGGCUGGAGCUGCCUGGCGGCCGCGCUGCCCCUCAUCGACUGCCAGGCACCCUUCCCCUACGCCUAUCGCACCACCAACCAUGGCAUGGUCGCCAUGCCCUUCAUCCAGCAGUAUCCCUUCCUCAACCGUACCUUCAGCCCCCCCGUUGUCCACCUGCACGCGCACCUCUACGGGCCCCUCACACGCAGCAGAGUGGCUGUCGUGCAGCCCCCAGAACUCCUGCAGUGGGCACCAUCUAGAAACAGGAGUGCCCCUGCCACCUUGGCAUCGUAUCAGUCGGCCCCCAUGUCCGCCCUUGGCCUUCACUGGCUGGACAUGGGCAUCAAAUGGCUUGUGAGCGGCUUGCUCCCAAGUCAGCUGACCACCACAGAGACGACAGAGGCCUCCUUUGAGGAGCCACCUCCCAGCAACGGCGGACAUGCUUUGGACGACCAUCUCACAUCUGGGCCGCCGAAUGGGUCAGAGAAGGUCGCUGGCGGGGAGGAGCGGGCGAGGGCGGUGGAGUGGGUUUCUGGAGCAGCAGAUUCCGUCACGGCUGGCAGUGGCGAUGUCUCUGCCUCUGUACCUAUCAUCGCUGCUGACGAGUGCUGGCCCACACGUCACCUGCCGCCCCUCACCUACCCCUUCUGCACCUUCCAGCAAGUCGGCUUCUGGGACCCACUCCCAACCAUCGCGUGAGGGAGGGAGCCACAUGAAAUAAAUGCCCACAGACAGACAGCCAGAGAGACGCAUCCAUUGAAGCACCUGUGUGUGUGUGUGUGUGUGUGCAGGGUUGACGAUUUCGACACGGCGAGUGCGUUGUAUGGUGCGUGGGUGGGGCCGUGGAUGAGCGGGACGCUUGCGCCGCCGCCGGGGCAGACCCCUCGUGGCCCCGUGCAGUUUUAUCUCCAUUUGCAUGCGCACCUCAACGAGACACUCAGCAGGAGGGGGCUGGGGGCUUACAGAACUUUUUGAUAGAGCGACGACCUGACACAGUUUGCCGACAG